AUAAAGUUGUUUUUUUCUGUUUUUCGUAACGAUAGCUCGCGCUCACAGCACCGGAACAUCGGCGGGGUUUACGGACAUUAACGUCCCGGUAGUCCCGGUAGUGAUGACAGAGAGUCCCGACAGCAGCGUCCUGCAGCGGCGGACACACAACGGAGACACCGGACCGACGGUGGUGAAGGUGGAGUCCGGUGUGCCGGUUCUAAUCCCUUCAGAGACCUCUGAGCUUCACUUCCUGCGUGCGAGGGUUCGAGAGCUGGAGAGAGAGCGGGCUGAGCUGUCAGCAGAGAACCAGAGACUGAAGAACAUGCUGGUCCACGAACUCCCGGGGCUUCUGUCCACCAUGUGGCAGACGUUGGGCCAGGCCAACAGUCACCACUGCGUCUCCACGGCAACGGGCAGGAGCGACAGUUACGCUCCGUACUCGCAGCAGCUCUCAACCAGUCAGGACGCAGACCUCAGCCCCCAGGUGAGCCUCCAGCAGCUGCAGGAGGACCUGAACGGGGACAUACUGGAGUCCUGGGGCCCGUUGGGCUCUGAGGACGAGGAGGGGCCAGGAGGAGUAGACCUGGGCCUGGGGAGCCACAUGGGAGAGGAGGCACCGCUCUGCAGACAGACCGACAUGGAGGAGCUGAGGAGGAGCUGCUCUGAGAGCCAGUGUGCCGCCGGACCCCCUAACGGACAUGUGAGCCAGGUGGAGGUGUAUCCGGGCUCUGGGGUUCUCUGUGAAGUCCGCUCAUGGCAGGCAGCCAAUCAGGCGCAGUCCCCCACGGCGAUGGCACGGACGCUGCUGAUGGGCGUGUUUGAUAUGAACACACUGAUGAACAGCAACCUGCGAGGCGGACGGAGCCGCCGACCCGCCUUUCAACCACAACGCAGCGCGCUCGACCCGCACAAGAUCAGCGCCAUCUUCAUCUCCCUGUCACAGUCUUCCUCUCUCUGUCUUCCUCUCACAGUCUUCCUCUCUCAGUCUUCCUCUCUCUGUUUCUCAGAUGCCAUCUUGGCUCGGUUUCCUCUGGCCAAGAAAGGAGUCAUUGGCUCUGGCAUCAACUCCAAAUUGUCUGAGAUCCGCUUUCGCUCCAGGAGAGCCAAUCGAGACCCCCGAUUCCUCUGACGACAGACAGACAACUCCUCCUACCUCACAGAAAAAAAUAUCCAGUUGUCCAAUGAGAACACAGCAGUCUGGAGCUUCUGGACCAAUGAGCAGUUUAAGUUCUCUGUUCAGUUUCAGGUCAGGUCUGGUUCACAUAUCUCUGACUUUGUUGCUAUAGAGACCUGUUGGGAAGCUGUGCGUAGCUAUAAUGACCCAGACAUAGAGACAAAACAACCUCAAAGACACAAAACAACCACAAAGAGACACAAAACAACCACAAAGAGACACAAAACAAUCUCAAAGACACUAAACAACCACAAAGAGACACAAAACAACCACAUAGACACAAAACAACCACAUAGACACAAAACAACCACAAAGAGACACAAAACAACCACAAAGAGAUACAAAACAGACACAAAGAGACAAAACAACCACAAAGACACAAAACAACCACAAAGACGCUAUAAUGAUCCAGACAUAAUGACAAAGACACUAAACAACCACAAAGAGACUAAACAACCACAGACACUAUAAUGAUCCAGACAUAAUGACAAAGACACUAAACAACCGUAAGACACAAAACAACCACAAAGACACUAAACAACCACAGAGACAAAACAACCACAAAGAGACUAAACAACCACAGAGACUAAACAACCACAAAGACACAAAACAACCACAAAGAGACACAAAACAACCGCAAAGACACAAAACAACCACAAAGAGACUAAACAACCACAAAGAGACUAAACAACCACAAAGACACUAAACAACCACAAAGACACUAUAAUGAUCCAGACAUAAUGACAGACACUAAACAACCACAAAGACAUAAAACAACCACAAAGAGACAAAACAACCACAAAGACAUAAAACAACCACAAAAAGACAAAACAACCACAAAGACACAAAACAACCACAAAGAGACAAAACAACCACAAAGACACAAAACAACCACAAAGAGACUAAACAACCACAAAGACACAAAACAACCACAAAGAAACUAAACAGCCACAGAGAGACUCUAAAUGUAUUUCGUGUGUCCUCAGCUCCUCUAAGUCGGGACAGUCAUGUUUUUGUUGAUUUUGUAUUUUCAUGUGUUACAGAUGUGUUGUGUAUUUUUCUUCCUGUUGGUUCUGUAAAUGAUCAUCAAUAAACAAUAAUACAUGUAACAAUGAA